UUGGCGGGCAGAGAGGCGAGAGGGGCGCGCAUACACCGUCGGGGCGGCGGCAGCGGCAACAACCAUGCAGGCGCGCCGGGCCAAGCUGAAGAUUCCCUCGCUGACCUUGGUGGACUUGUCACCCGGUAGCCAGAGCCCGACCCUUCUCAGCCCCUGCAGUCCUUGUAGCCCUUUGACUCUGCAUCCCUGGAGCUGUCGAAGCAACAGGAAGAGCCUAGUGGUUGGAACUCCUUCACCUACCCUCUCACGUCCUUUGUCACCCCUAUCUGUGCCAACAGCCAGUAGUAGUCCAGUUGAUAGUCCUCGCAACUUCUCCACAGGUGCCUCUGCCAGCUUUCCAUUUGCUCGCAGCCAUGUUCCUCGAACUGACAGAGCUGAUGGCCGAAGGUGGUCACUCGCGUCAUUGCCCUCAUCCGGCUAUGGGACCAACACCCCCAGUUCUACUGUUUCAUCAUCGUCUUCCUCCUCUCAGGAGCGUCUCCACCAACUGCCCUACCAACCUACUCCUGAUGAACUGCACUUCCUGUCAAAGCACUUCCGCAGCACCGAAAGCGUCCCAGGAGAAGACGGACGCCACUCACCAUAUUUUCGUCCUCGGUCCCGCAGCUUGAGCCCUGGGCGGACAAGUGGGACCUUUGACAAUGAGGUGGUAAUGAUGAAUCAUGUAUACAAGGAGAGAUUCCCAAAGGCCACUGCCCAGAUGGAGGAGCGCCUGGCAGAGACCAUUGCUGCUUUCUCGCCCAGCAGCAUCCUGCCUUUGGCUGAUGGUGUACUGGGAUUCAUCCACCACCAGAUCAUUGAACUGGCCCGUGACUGUCUCAACAAGUCCCAAGGGGCCCUCAUUACCUCCCGCUAUUUCAUUGAACUGCAGGAGAAGCUGGAGAAAAUGCUAAGAGAUGCUCAGGAGCGCUCUGAGAGUGAGGAACUGCACUUCAUCGAACAGUUGGUCCGUAAACUACUGAUCAUCAUUUCCCGGCCAGCUCGGCUGCUGGAGUGCUUGGAGUUUGACCCGGAAGAAUUUUAUCACCUCCUGGAGGCAGCCGAAGGUCAUGCGAAAGUGGGACAAGGCAUCAAAACAGACAUUCCACGUUACAUUAUCAGUCAACUGGGACUCGCCAAAGACCCUCUGGAAGAAAUUGUGCAGUUUGAUCAAGUUGACUGCCCUUCCCCAGCAGGCCCAGAGCAGCAAGAUGAACCUCCUGAGAACCAGUCUUCUACCCCCAUUCCACGGAGGAAGCCCUGCGAAAGCGAUUUUGAAACUAUCAAGUUGAUCAGCAAUGGGGCUUACGGGGCUGUGUAUCUGGUGCGGCACAAGGAGACUCGCCAACGGUUUGCCAUCAAGAAGAUUAACAAGCAGAACCUGGUGUUGCGGAACCAGAUCCAGCAAGUCUUUGUGGAACGCGACAUCCUGACCUUUGCGGAGAACCCUUUUGUGGUCAGCAUGUUCUGCUCCUUCGAAACCAGGUGUCACCUCUGCAUGGUCAUGGAGUAUGUGGAAGGUGGGGACUGUGCCACACUGCUGAAGAACAUGGGACCUUUGCCUGUGGACAUGGCCCGGAUGUAUUUUGCUGAGACAGUCCUGGCCCUUGAGUACCUCCACAAUUACGGCAUUGUUCACCGGGAUCUCAAACCAGACAACUUGCUCAUCACGUCCAUGGGCCACAUCAAGCUGACCGACUUUGGCCUGUCCAAGAUUGGCUUGAUGAAUAUGACUACCAAUCUCUAUGAGGGCCACAUUGAGAAAGACACCCGAGAGUUUGUAGAUAAACAGGUCUGUGGUACUCCUGAGUAUAUUGCUCCGGAAGUGAUCCUGAUCCAAGGCUACGGCAAGCCAGUGGACUGGUGGGCCAUGGGCAUAAUACUCUAUGAGUUCCUGGUCGGCUGCGUCCCAUUCUUCGGUGACACUCCAGAGGAACUCUUUGGGCAAGUGAUAAGUGAUGAAAUCAUUUGGCCUGAGGGGGAUGAAGCUCUUCCUGCUGAUGCCCAAGAUUUGAUCACACAACUCCUGCGUCACUGCCCUCUGGAGCGCCUGGGCACAGGAGGUGCUCAUGAGGUGAAGUACCAUCCCUUCUUCCACCAUUUGGAUUGGAAUGGGCUGCUGAGGCAGAAAGCUGAGUUUAUCCCCCAGCUGGAGGCUGAAGAUGACACCAGUUACUUUGACACUCGCUCAGAGCGCUACCGGCAUUUGGGCUCUGAUGAUGAGAAAAUCCAGGAUGAGGAAUCCUGUGGAGAGAUUCGCCAGUUUUCUUCCUGCUCCCAACGUUUCAGCAAGGUUUACAGCAGUUGUGAAUAUCUGGCUAACUCCUCCAACCUCAGUUUCACGUCUUCUGAGCAGGGCCAUGGUGUGGACAAAGAAGACAGAACCGAGAGGGCAGAUCACAGCUCUGGAGAUGAGGAGAAGAGCCGGAUACCUAAGACUGAGACCAGGCUUCGUGCCUGGACCUCCUGUGGCUCCACUGUCCAUUCCUUCCGUCAAGAGUUCAGCCGCAAUCCUGCCAUCCUGAGCAGCACCUGCAGCCUAGAAGCAAUGCCCAGAUUUGCCUUGUCCUCUGAGGAUGAGAGCCCCUGCCGGGGGAAAACCAAAAAGGAGCGCCCCAAGUUUGUUGUUGGAGAUUCUGAGAUGGCAGCACCAAGGACACCCAGUAAGGGCUCAGCACUAGCAGCUGACCUGGCCAGCUUGAACCGUGUCCGUCUCAGGAGCAACAGCACAGGUACUAAGAGCUCUACCUCAAGAUGUUUGGACCGUGAGGGCAGUUAUCGGCCCCACAAGGAUUCCGCAGGGAAGCAGCCAGCAUCUUCUAAUGGCAGAGUGCCAAAGUCAGCUUCGGUUUCUGCAUUAUCGCUUAUCAUCAAUUCAGACGACUUUAGUGGGGCUGUUCUCAGGAGCCCCAUCUCACCCCGUUCCCUCUCUUCCAAUCCUUCAUCCCGUGACUCUUCCCCAAGUCGGGACUCCAUGCUUGGUGGCUCCAGUCUGCGGCCUCCCAUUGUCAUCUACAGCUCGGGGAAGAAAUAUGGCUUUUCACUGAGGGCCAUCCGUGUCUACAUGGGCGACAGUGAUGUUUACACUGUGCACCACAUGGUUUGGAAUGUAGAAGACGGGAGCCCAGCUCAUGAUGCAGGACUCAGAGCUGGAGAUCUCAUCACUCAUGUAAACGGGGAGUCGGUCCUGGGUUUGGUUCACAUGGAUGUCGUAGAACUGUUGCUGAAGAGUGGAAAUAAGGUGUCACUGAGGACGACUGCCCUGGAGAACACUAGCAUCAGAGAGGGCCCCGCUCGCAAGAAUAGUUCCAAGACACGGAUGGCCCGCCGGUGUAAGAAGAAUCGCAAACGGGACAGCCAAGACAAACGGAAAUCCCUGUUCAAGAAGAUCUCAAAGCAAAGUUCCGUUCUGCAUACCAGCCGCAGCUUUUCCUCCGGGCUCCAUCAUUCUCUCUCAUCCAGCGAGAGCCUUCCUGGAUCCCCAACGCACAGCUCAUCCCCUGGAUCUACUGUUUCUUGCCGCAGCCCUGUCCCGGAUUUUGUGCCAGAUUCUGUCUCAUCCCAGAGUCCCUCUCCAUCCUCCAGCACCCCGACUUCUCCAGCAGGACAGAUCCGACCAAGUUCCCUACACGGCUUGGGACCAAAAGUCAACAGUCAUCGCUACAAGGUUGGGCGCCGCAAGUCAACCAGCAGCAUCCCGCCUUCUCCAUUGGCCUGCACUCCUUCCUCCAUUCCCCAACCUCCUUCCCCCCAAAGAUCUCCUUCCCCACUUCCGUUGUUUACAAAAAACGUCCAGACGUUCCAAGGCAAGACUUUGUCUCCGCCUACCAUGGUCCGUCAAGUGUCCCGGCCUCGCAGCGCAGACAGCUCCCGUUCCCCACUUCUCAAACGAGUCCAGUCAACAGAGAAAAUCCCUACUUCCCUUGCUGAAAAAGUGGUCGGCAGCCGAAAGCUCACCCUGGAGACACCCAGCUUGGGAAAUGGAGGUGCCAGGGAGAGCGGCAUGGUCACCCUGGGAGACGCUGGUAUUUCUCGACUUCGGGACUGGUCUGAGGAACGUUAUGAUCGAGACCACGAAGUGGUGGUGAUGCGGCGGCUGAAUUUAUCUGAGCGCCGGGACUCUUUCAAGAAGCAGGAAGCCGUUCAGGAGGUGAGCUUCGAUGAGCCAGAACUUACAUCCAGUGUUGAGGCCCAAGCAGAGAGUAAACCUGGGGACUGGCAGCGUGGAUCUCAUGCACUUUCCUGGGUGGAGGAUAGGCCUUGCUGCUCAUCUGCCCCCGAUGCCCAGAUGCCCCUCGUGCCCGACAUUGCAGUGCAAGGGGAUGAAGUGCCAGCAGGAAUCACAGCCACCUGGGAAUGCCAAGGAUCGUAUCCUGUCCAGCUGGAGGCCCGGGUCUACACGGAGCAAGAUGAUGGGACAAUGGCCGUUGAGUACAAAAGUGUCUCCUCCCAGCACUGGGGAAGUUGGGAACAGAGGGAGCCUUCGCCCACCGUUGCAGUCACACACAGGACAACCCAUGGGGAGAAGGCAGUGAAGUCACCUUCACCCUCCCUGAAGUGGCAAUUGCCAGAGAACGUGGAAAAAUGACUGGAAGGCCUGUUAAAACCACUUGUCCCUAGCAGACCAAAGGGGGUGCUUCAACGAAAGUAAGCUAAUGCCAAGGACUGAGAACGUUGGGGGUCCCAUUUUCAUUCUGCUGGUGGGGUCUUUUCCAGCGAUUUACCACUUCCUCCUCCUUCCUGGGCAGCACUCUGUGUUCCUCCUCAUAGGGGCAGAUGGCCACAGGUGGUGAUUCAGGCUGGAGAUAAAGGCAACGCUGCUUUUCUACUAAUUAGAAAACAUUCCCAUUUCAUUCAGAUUUGGGGUUAACAGAUUUGGUUCUAUUUGGUGCCCUAAAACCAAGCAUUAAACUUUCCUGUCCAUGGCCUGGGUAUCUUCUGGAGUGUGAAUACUCUCCACAAUUAAUCAUUUUCUCCACUAUCCCCUUGGCUACUGCCGAAUGUGAGAAAAGGUAAUAAAUGAAAUAGUAAAGGAUGCAAAAUAUCUUUUCUGCCUUGUGUAUGGGCACAAUCUGUUCAUUCUAGGGAGUCUGUUCUCUUGCAUUGAUAUUGGUCAAAGGAGGAAUUGUAGCAAUGGUUGGAGAACUCCAAAUCCCAAUCCUGUGACAUCUGUAAACGUUGCAGUGCCUAUGUUUUCCAUUGAUACCCUAACCCAGAGGUCUCCAAACUUGGCAACUUGAAGACUUGUGGACUUCAACUCCCAAAGAAUUCUGGGAGUUGAAGUCCACAAAAGUCUCAAAAAUUGCCAUGUUUGGGGACCCCUGCCCUAACCUAAUGCCAGCUCUUGCAAAUGUUCGAUCGAAAUUUCAGGAGAAAAGCCAAGAGGGUAAACAAGAAAGUCAACGUGGUCCUAGUCAGUUUAUAUCCAGAAACUUUCAUCGUAGAAAUUGAAAAACCUUCGAUUCCAUUGCAUUAUCUUUUCUAACUAUGACCUUGAGAUUUUCUUUUGGGGGACUGUUGUGGAGGGGUUCCCAUUUGGUUGUACCAUAAUUACUGUGGAAGAAUAAGGCGGUGGGUUCUUCAUCCUGCACCAUUUCUAGAUCUACUGCAAAAUCCACCCCCCUCCCAAAAUGGGGGAAUGAGAUUUGGAGAGUAUCUUCCCCCUCUUUAGAUCUUCUCUGCAGAAAAUGGAAACUUCUUGGGGGCCAGAGGAGAAGGCCUCAAAAAGGUUUUGAAGGAGUCUCUGUCUUUGAAUAUGAGUCAGGCACAUCAAUAUACCUUCCAAGUGAUGCGCUCAUUCUCAGGAGGUCAGAGCAUACAGGUUCAAAUUCAGAAAAGUACAGGAAGUUCCCAACUUGGGACCGGUUGUUUAACAAUAGUUCAAAGUUAUGAUGGACUCUAAAAAGCUACCAGUUGUCUUCAAAGUUAUGACUGCCACACCGCCCCUGCAGUCAUGCAAGGGCAAUUUGGGUGCUUGGCAACUGGCUCCCAUUUACAACCAGUUGCGGUGUCCUGUGGUCACAUGAUCACAGUGUAUGACAUUUUUUGGCAUUUUCUGGCUAGAUUCGGAUUUAUGAUCGCAUGAUUCCCUUAAUGACCAUGGUAAUUCACUUAACAGCCAUCAUACAAAUGGUUGUAAAAUCAAGUCGGGUGACAUAUGACCGCAGCAACUUAUAACCAGAAUCCCAGGCUGAAUGGUGGUCAUAAAUUGAGGAUUAAUAAGUUCUUAUUGGCAUUUCCAAUGAAGGAUCUUAAGUAUCAGGGUAAGAAAUACCUUUCUCUCUACAUGAGACUUUGCCAGCAUUGACAGUUUCAGUUUAGAUGGUUCAAAGGUUUCAUAUAACAGAUAACAGAUAAUCAGAGUUGGAAGGGACCUUAUAGGUCAUCCAAUCCAACCCCCGCCCAAGCAGGAGACCCUACGCCAUUUCUGACAAAUGGCAGUCCAGUCUCUUCUUGAAAGUCUCAACUGAUGGUGCUCCCAUAACUUCCGUGGGCAAGCUGUUCCAUUGGUUGAUUAUUCUCACUGUCAGAAAGUUUCUCCUUAUUUAGUAUAUCUAGUAUAAAACAACACUAAUUUGCCAUUCCAUGUCCUAUUUUUUCCUGGUUGCUUCUCUUAAGGUUCCCAAUAGUAUCUGGGAAGUUGCAGUUGCAACUCAUCCACAAAUUGCCAAGUUGGAGCAGGCUGUCCCUAUUUUCUCAGAGACAGUUAUCCAGGAUUAUUUUUAAAGUUUAAUUUGGAUAUAAGGAUGGGUCCCUGCAGAUGAAUGUGGCUUGAUGGGCAGUUAGAUGAGAGUCAGAAGCAAGAUGUUUCUGAAAGUGUAUAUCGAGCUCUGCAUUCUCUCUUUCUAAGAUUCAUUGAACACUUAAAAUGAACACAGGUCAUCCUUGACUUGUGGCCACUAUUGGACUAGAAUUUCCAUCGUAAAUCAUUGUGGUCAUAAGUAGAGGGAAACCCAGUUUUAUGAUAAUUUUUCUGGCGAUCAUGUAUGAAUUAGACAGUCGUUAAACAAAUCCAGUUCCCAGUGGGUGCUUUUUGCUGGAAAACGGUUAAAAAAAGGGUUGCAAAUCACAACCACUUGUCCACAGGACAUUGCAACCAGUUGUAAAUGUGAGUCAGCUCUUCAAUGGUGAGUCCCAAGCCCUUCAGUUGAGAUCCUGUGGCUGCCGGGUUGAUGAGACAGUUGUAAGUGUGAGCGCACGUCAUUAAGUUGCUUUUUCCAACAUCAUAACUUUGAACCAUUGUUAAAUGAACAAUUAAAAGUUGAGGUCUGCUUAUAAUCGGUUACAUCUUUCCCUGAUAUCCCCCGAUAAUAUUCUCUUCCUCAAAUGCUAUUCUUGGUUCCUUACCCUUUUACAAAACCACAAGAUCAAGGCCCGAUGUAGUCACGGUGGUUGAACUGCAGUUAUUUCCUAAUGUUCAGAUGUCUUCUAAUCACCAAUUUGUGGCCCUGUCAAUAACCUUUUUACCCAAAGCGCAUUUAGGGCAGCAGUAGACACUUUACAUUUUGUUUCACUGGGGAAAGCUCUGUUUCCCCUCCUUGUUGGUUUUUUUUUUUCCUUUGCUAAUUUUUGAGCUCUUAUUUGAGCAGCUGCCCAGCACUUGAAGGAAAACUGGCUUCUUUUUCACAGAAGGAAAAAACUAAGCUUGAUGGCUCCUAAG